AUGGUAUCAAACGCCAUAUUACGUAAGGAGGUCCUGAACCCCCUGGACGCCGUCUGUAACAAGCCGAGAAAUGACGCGGUCUGCGUCAGCCAACUGCGAAACGCAAAGAAAAUCGACAAAGGUAUCCUACAAGAACGGCCAGAUGUUAAAAUUUUCCUGCCGUUCCGUUUCCUCUUCUAUCGUCCCGAGCAGUUGUUCGCACCAAACACUUAUAACCGAUUCUUGGCUGCGGUUGGUGGUGAUCAUGUCAUUAGUUUGGUUGACGAAAUUUCGUUCGUACCACCUCCCUCUCCCCCUCUGUCGCAGUUGGAUGACAUACCCCCCGAGCAAUUCUGCAAUGGUGAUAACCGACCGCCAAAUUGCGGACAAAAUUGCAUGUGUACACACACAGUUGAUAUUCCAUUAAAUGCAAUCGUAGAAGUUGUACUCGUAGACGAGGUACAAUCGCCAAACUUGAGCCACCCCUUCCACUUACACGGGUAUACCUUCAACGUGGUCGGUAUUGGACGUUCACCCGACCAAAAUGUGAAAAAGAUCAACCUCAAGCAUGCCUUAGAUUUAGAUCGGCGAGGUCUGUUGCACAGGCAGUUCAACUUACCACCUGCCAAAGACACGAUAGCAGUUCCCAACAAUGGUUACGUUAUAUUCAGGUUUAGAGCGGACAAUCCGGGUUGGUGGUUAUUCCACUGUCACUUCCUUUUCCACAUCGUGAUAGGAAUGAGUUUGAUAAUACACGUCGGAACGCAAGGCGAUUUACCACCGGUUCCUAAAAGCUUCCCCAAAUGUGGAGAUCAUUUGCCACCAAUCACGCAAUAUCAUGGACAUUGGUAG